CCAUACACUGCUAUGUCUGAUCGCCGUGAAGUAUACUGCCGAGACUUUCGUCAGGGAGGGCAAGCCUGCACCUGUGAAUGCUUCACCCCACCCUCUAAUCCUGAUGCUCCAUACUACUGUCGAGAAUGCCAGCAUGGCUUUAGCAAGCAUCCCGAAGCUCUGGAUCCUACAAGAGAUGCACCUCGAAAGCAAGAUGGCACAACAUCUGGAAAAAAGAGACUCGUCAGCAUAUUCAAGGAAAAGACCAGCUCGGGGUCUGCAGCAAGACCUUUGCCAUCUGCUGCCUCUUCCAAAAGCAUGCUCGAUCAGAAGAUACUAGGUGUUGCACAAUGGCUUCUCUUGGUGAAUUGUCUUGAUACUGCUAGCAGGUUUUCCUUUAGCCGAAUGUGGACUCACGACGAAGUCAAUCAAUACCUGCAGAAUGAAGUGUUCCCUUUGGCACUUGGAUAUGUCAAUUCGACAGAAAAGGGGAAAGGAAUUGGCAUACCUUCUUGCCCAUGGGUUUUGAUAAGCAAGGAGAGGCUCCGCUAUGAGGUCGUAAAUAUUGAAAGGCCUGACGGCAAUGAUCUUGCACGAUUCCGAGGCAGACCCAAGUGCCCUGUAAAAGAUGCAAACAUCAUUAUAGGUAAGAAGCCUCUGUCUUAUAUAAUUUCUUGA